GAGCCCACAGUUACAUUAACUUUCUUUUGCAAGGGGAAGACCUAUACCUGCUUAAGCUUAAGUGUCCCACAUUAGGCGAAUCCACUCUAUGGGUCUGAUCACUUUUUUAAUGAAUUGACAUCAUUCCAGACAGGAUGUCAGUGUGUCUGUGACUUCCUGCACGGACUGAAGGCUGCUGGAAACUGUCGGGAAACUGUCCGACUUCACCGCAGCUUUUUGUCACCGCCCCUGCUGCAGCCGCCUGCUCUCGUCUACUUUCCAGGCGAGAGCAGUUCAUCUCGAGCGAGCCUACUCCCUCCUCCCAGUGCCAACUGCCAAGAAAAUGCGGAACAAACAGCUACCACUUCUUCAUCAAAACAAGAUGAAAAAUCUACUUUUGCUGCUUCUCUUGUGUCACGUGUCGUCAUCAGUAAAACACUCCUUGAAGUUUUUCGUCACUGCAUCUUCUGGAGUCCCAAACUUCCCACAGCUUGUGGGUACUACAAUGGUUGAUGACAUUCUAGCUGGUUACUGCGACACCGAUACAAAGAUAUUACAACCAAAACAGGACUGGAUGAAAACAGCAUUUGAAAACAAUCCGCAGCAUUUGGAGUGGUACACUCAAUACUGUUUUGAGAUCCUGCCACACACCUACAAAGCCUGGAUGGACGACUUGAAGCAGCACUUCAACCAAAGUGGAGAUAUCCACAUUUUCCAGAGGCUGAAUGGCUGUGAGUGGGAUGAUGAGACUGGAGAGGUUAAGGGUUUUGUGCAGUAUGGUUAUGAUGGAGAAGACUUCAUGUCAUUGGACCUGAAGACACUGACAUGGGUCGCUCUGAAACCACAGGCUGUCGUCACCAAACUGACAUGGGAUGCUGACAAAGACAGACUAAAACACCAUGAAAACUACUUAACUAAUAUUUGUCCUGAGUGGCUGAAGACUUAUGUGGCCUUUGGAAAUAGCUCUCUGCAGAGAAAAGACCUUCCCUCAGUGUCUCUCCUCCAGAAGUCUCCCUCCUCUCCAGUCAGCUGCCACGCUACAGGUUUCUACCCUGACAGAGCCAUGAUGUUCUGGAGGAAAGAUGGAGAGGAGAUUCAUGAGGACGUGGAGCUCGGAGAGAUCCUCCCCAACCACGAUGGAUCCUUCCAGAAGAGUGUUGACCUGAACCUUUCAUCAGUCCCACCUGAAGACUGGAGGAGGUACGACUGUGUGUUUCAUCUCUCUGGUGUGAAGGACCACAUCGUCACCACACUGGACAAAGCAGUGAUCAGGACCAACAUGGUGAAGCCUUCUGACCCGACCAUUCCCAUCACUGCCGCAGUGGCUGUUCUUGCUCUCAUCGUCACCACUGCCACUGGAUUCAUCGUAUGCAAAAAGAAGAAAAAAGCACAAUCUUCACGCUCUCCUGAAAACGGCUCUGAGCUCUCCGAAAGACUGAGUCCAGAAACUUGAUUCACAGACUCAUUCUGCACACAAUGAAUUACUUCUAAUGGUAGGGCAAAGCAGUAAUUGCUGUGACUAUUCACAUCUCCAGUUAAACAUCACCUUAAGCUUCCUACAACAAACCUUUAUAUAAUAAAGCCAUUGAAAGCUUGCUUUCAAAUCUCAGUUCAAACUGUUUUUCCUCUGUAAGAUUACAGUCAUGACACAAAGCAACAAUUAACUUUAAAGCAUCUCAUGAUAUCAUUUAUCUGUUUCAUCAGGACUUUGUUGGUGUGAUAUAAUAUACACACACACACACACACACACACAUAUAUACAUAUAUAUAUAUGUAUAUACAUAUAUAUACUGUCUUAAACAAAAUAAAUUUAUGGCGUAGGUAAAACACCACGUUUUACAACUUACGUUUACAAAAGCAGUAACUGAUGGUGAAAUGUAAAAAAAACCCCAAAAAACAUCAUGGUUUAGUAACAUUUACAUGUAAAGUGAACAGCGGGCUCCCAGGUGAACAUCCAGGGUUUAUUGCACCCAUCCACCUCCCCUCCCGCCAUUCCUAUGACACCACUGACACAUACUGUACAUGGGUAUUUCUGAAAAUUGGAAUUUUCCUCCUAAGUUUGCAAAAGAAGAAAAAAAAGAAAAUUUCCAAAUGUCCAGUGCUGUCCAUUGAAAUGUUUUUUCUUUUCAUCAGAAAAGGUAAACGUUACAUCUUCUGAAUUAUGAAUAAGAUUUUAAAAUUAUUAGUCAAACUUUGGCGCAAGUCAGAUGUUUUGUGGACACACUGUCUAAUCUUUCAGUACAUUUUAAACCAGCAGUGUAAAAUUCAUGUAAGUUCAUUGGUCACAUGCAGCCCAAUUAGAUCCCCAGUGAGCCGGAGCAGUUAAACCAUUGCACAAUAACCUAUAAAUAACAACACCUCCAAAUGAUGAGCAGUCUGACAUGUCUUAAGGAAAGUAAGUGCAACUUCAACACUAUGUCUCAGUUUUUCCACAUUCAGUCAGUCUUAUGCUCACUGUCAUCACUUGUGCAUUUUUCCAUUCACUUCCACUGCUGUGUAGUAAUGCUGGCAUCACCACACCAAACUAAAGUGGAAGCUAAAGAAGAAGCACAUGAAGUUCUGUUUGAUUUCGCUCUAUAAACAGAAAUAUUGUCUUUUUCAGAAUAAGCAAAAAAAAAAACAAACAGAAUAUUUUGUACAUGUAAACAUAGUCACUGUCACUUCAGUGAACUUUGGUGUGAACAAUAAAUUCACACUUCAACAGUCUGACUUCUCCUCUGACGUUCUCAAAGCUUCAUUCAUAAAUACACAUUACACAUUUUGAUACAAAAUAUAUUUUUUAAAAAAGGCGUGCAAUAAGAAUCAAGUGCUCUUUAAAAAAGAAAACAAAUUUUGAUGCCACAAUAACUUCACUGGAGUCAUCCUCUAAUCUUCAGCAGUAGCCUGUUGUGACAGAUUCACAAAAGGACAGAUUGAGUAACUGACCAACACUUACUAGACUUCAUAGUUGACUUAUUAUUAAACUUUCAUAUGCAAACAAUGUAUCUGUUUCUGGACUGUACUUAAGUGCAAUUCUGAGGUACCUGUAGUUUACGUGAGAAUUUCUGUUUCCUGCUACGUCAUAUUUCUUCUUCAGUACAUUUCAGAGGAGCCUGUUGUUCUCUUCUUGCUUUUCUUAUGUGAUCAGUUUUGUGUUUUCCUGCUCAACCCUUGAAAUAAAAGUGUUUCAUUUAA